UGCCGUUGGUUCACUUUGACGUCAGCUCUCACUGGGACCCGCCCGCUCGCCCAAGUGGCAGCACUGAGUGGCGAGAGAUAAUCCUCGGCUCCGCCGCAGACACACACACACACACACACACACUCACACACACUGAGCUGCUGCCUCGGGAUCCGGAUGCGGCGAGGCAUCCUUCGGAUCGUGCUCCUAGCUCGGGCCCCACCGCACCGGACAACUUAGCGGGACGACGAUGGCGCUCGCCUCGGCGGCUCAAUCUGUGGCUGCUGGCCGCGCGGCGGACCGGGCGACGCGGUCAAUGUGACAUCCGCUCGCAUCGCUCGCGUUGAGUUCAUUGUGUCCUGCACAGACGCAGAGCAGCGAUUCGCCGGGAAGAUGUUGAGCCGAUUCAUGAGCGGCAGCAUCAGGAACCUCGAGCGGGAAUACAGCUGCACCGUCCGACUGCUGGACGACACGGAGUACACCUGCACCAUCCAGCGUGACGCAAAGGGACAGUAUCUGUUUGACCUCAUCUGCCACCACCUCAACUUGCUGGAGAAAGACUAUUUUGGCAUCAGAUAUGUGGAUCCGGACAAGCAGCGGCACUGGUUGGAGGUCACGAAAUCGAUUGCAAAGCAAAUGAAAUCUCAGCCUCCGUUCACCAUGUGUCUGAGAGUCAAGUUCUAUCCUCCUGAUCCUGCUGCUCUGAAGGAGGAAAUCACUCGAUAUUUUGUCUUCCUGCAAAUCAAGAGAGACCUCUACCACGGUCGUCUCCUGUGUAAAACCUCGGAUGCGGCCAUGCUGGCUGCCCACAUCCUUCAAGCUGAGAUUGGUGACUACGACCCUGGGAAGCAUCCUGAAGGUUAUAGUUCCAAGUUCCAGUUUUUCCCUAAACAUUCUGAGAGGCUGGAGCGCCGGAUCGCCGAUAUACACAAGACAGAGCUGAUUGGACAGACACCUGAAACAUCAGAGCGGAACUUCCUGCAGAAAGCCCAGAUGCUGGAGACAUAUGGUGUUGAUCCGCAUCCGUGCAAGGACGUGUCGGGGAACCCGGCUUUCCUCUCCUUCACACCGUUUGGCUUCGUGGUGCUCCAGGGAAACAAGAGGGUUCAUUUUCUCAAAUGGAACGAAGUGACCAAACUGAAGUUUGAAGGCAAGACGUUCCACAUACAUGCAAAUCAGAGAGAGGACCUAAAGAUCAUCUUGACAUACUUCGCACCCACGCCGGAGGCAUGCAAGCACCUUUGGAAGUGUGGCGUAGAGAACCAGGCUUUCUAUAAGCUCGAAAAGUCAAGUCAGGUUCGUACGGUGUCCAGCAGCAACCUGUUCUUCAAGGGCAGCCGUUUUCGUUACAGUGGGCGAGUGGCAAAAGAGGUGAUGGAGCAGAGUGCCAAAAUCAAACGCGAACCUCCAGAAAUACACAGGGCUGGCCUCGUGCCCAGCAGAAGUUGUCCAUCCAUCACACACGGACCUCGCCUCAGCAGUGUACCGCGCACGCGACGGAGAGCUGUGCACAUAUCUAUCAUGGAGGGUCUGGAGUCCUUGCGAGACAGCGCCCACUCUACCCCGGUGCGUUCAGUGUCCCACAGCGAGUCCUUUCUACCGCGCUCCCGGAGCCAGGCCACCGACGCCAGCGACAGGACAGCAGUGAUCUCGGACGAGGCCUACAGCCCCUCCGACAGCGUGCUGCCCACCCCGGUGGCCGAGCACAGCACGGAGCAGGCUGGCUCGCGCCAGGUCAACGGGGCGCCGUGCAGCAUCGAAGAGGAGAAGGAGUCGGAGGCGGGCACCCCCACACUCGCUGUGGGGGGGGACUUUGGUGAGGAGGGUGCAGGGGGGGAUUCGGCCCUCAGCGAGGUGGAACAGGUGAAUAAGUUUGUCUUAAGUGUCCUCCGCUUGCUCCUUGUGACCAUUGGACUCCUCUUUGUCUUGCUCCUCCUCCUCAUCAUCCUCACCGAGUCAGACCUUGACAUCGCAUUUUUACGUGAUAUCCGCCAGACCCCCGAAUUUGAGCAGUUCCAUUACGAAUACUUUUGUCCCCUCAGGCGGUGGUUUGCCUGCAAGCUCCGCUGGGUGGGCGGGUGGCUCAUUAACAAGUGAGGUUGAGGUCGUAGAGUUCGUAAGCCCGAUCGGGGGUCUGAGAAGACGGUUAGGACUGCGGAGUGGUGGAGGGCAGCUCCGUCCCGACCAUGAACCCUGCUUCUCCCAUCCUGCUCCUGCAGACAUACAGCCUGGACCACUCCUGGUAACACCGCGCCAGGUUCUCUCUCCCCCUCCUCCACUUUAAGUUACCACCCGAACACCCAACCUCCACCCACCCGUUUUCUUCUUUUUUCUUUUUCUUUUCUACAAAGCCAGAGGACAUUUUUUUUUUUGUGCUUUUUAUUUUGCAUUUUUUAAUUUUAAGUGAUUUCAGGUAUCUUUAUUUUUUCAAAUAACUCAAAGGAAAAAAAUUGAAACUGAAAUUAAAGAACUGAAGAAUUUUAAACAGUUCCUUUUACAGGAACAGGGAAUUUUGUGGCAAUGGAUGAAAACUGCAUUCAGUUAUUAUUUAUUGCUUUCAGACAUAUAUUUUCAUUAGGAAAGGAGAUGAAACAGGAAACGGAGAAAGUUGUCAUUAAUAGAUGGAAGUGAGUUAGGUUGAGAGACGACAGUCCUGCUGCUGUGAAGUAUAAGUGAGGCAAAGUGGUAUCAAAUCUUUUGAUAUGGAUCCAUCCCCAUCAGAAGUCCCCGAGGCGAACAGCAGGAAGAAGGAACAACUGAACAAUCUGUCAGGGACGAGAGUGAAGGUUUGUGACGGGGCAAUUACCAAAUGCCUUUUUUCAGAGGAUGUUGAAGACUUUUGUGAAUUGUUUUAAGACACAAUUACACUUCAGUAUACGAGGGUGUACAAAGUAAACUGGUGACGAUGAGGUUGUUUUUCUAACGUUUUAUAAGGAUACAGUCAAAUGAACAAGUACCAAUAGUGUUAUGUGUACUAGUAGUGUCAGAUGAGGUUAGACAUGAAGAGCAGAGAUCCACUGGCACCAGUGGAUAAUAGUCUAGAUAGAUGAACGACGAUCAUAUGGUUUUAAUAAUGAAGUCAUUUUUCAAAUGUGCUCAUUUGUUCUGUUUUUUUUUUCUCUCCAGUUAAUUUUAAUUUGCAUUUUCUCAUCAAGUUGAAAUUCAAUGAAUUUCAAGUAUUUCUUUGUAUGAAGAGUUUAUGAUUUAUUUUUGGUUUCAUAUCAACCAUGCUCUUAGGUUUAUGUACCAUACCAUAUUAUUAUUACUAGAGUAAGAGUAAUGAUGUACUUUUUGUACAAAUUAGUUUGUUUCUUAAUAUAUAUUGACAGGUUUCCAUGUAUAUUUUAACAGAACUGAAAAUGUUAUUUUGUUAUUGAAGAUUAAAUUAUACUUUUUUUAGCACUGUGUUUCAAGUAAGGUCAGAAGCAUUCAUGGAAAUGAGGAAGGGGUCCCCCCUAAAAACAGGGUUUUUAUCCAGAUCCACACAAGACUGAUCACAACUCACAAUCACUCCACCAGCAGUGAGUCAGUCUUCAACAUAUGCGCAGCUUAAAACAUGUAUUUUUACAUACUGAAAACAUGGAGACAACAUUAAACCACCGCAAAUACCAAAUAAUCCAAAAACACAUUUUCAACUUUGGUAACUUUACCAUUUCAUAUUGUACUUGAAGAGUUUGUAGAGACGACGUGAGCCUGACCAGUGAUCCCAAGUAAAAACUCUGACUGAAUCAAAUGAUUGAAUCAAAUUAUCAAUAAACUGAUUUCUUGUCAAAUUAUCAAUUAUCAGUUGAUUGAUCAACUGAUAAUAGGCAGAUGGAACCAUUUGAGCGAGCUUGACAAACUACAGGAUGUGAUGAUGAUGAUUUCUGAUUCACCUCAUGGGUGUUUUUUUUCUGAACUAUAUAACUUUAUUCCCUUGUUUUUUUUCCCUUUUUAAUACCAGCCCAAACUAAAGCAGAUACCGAUAUAUUUACAAUAAGCCAUUAUUGUAAUAAUAAUAUCUGCCCUUUGAUUGGUCGGUCAGGCUCUCUACUCUUUUGCCUCAGAGCUUCAGGGAGCGAUUACUGUCACAUCUGCUGGAUUCUGGGUAAAAUCUGUUUUUGUAUUGCGUGUCUACCCCCUGCACCAAGUGCAGGUGUCGAGUGUUUGUGUGUCUGUAAGUAGGAAUGGAAAUGCAAUUGAAGUUGACACCAGCGGACGUUUAGACAGAGUGAAUUUGCCGUAAAGGCGUGAAAUGAAAGGAGGUGAUGGAGAGGACUGAGGGAGAUGAGACGUUCAAGUGAUCUGUCUGCGUCUUUUCAAGUGGGAUUUAAAAACCAAAUGGGGAAUGGAAGGGUGACUCAUCACUCUAAUGGCUGCACAGGGCUGCUUGUCUUUCUUUUCUUUUUCAUGUCUAUCUCAAACCCCCCCCACACCCCUACUCCACCAGCACCUGCAGCUGCUCCACCAACAGCCAGACGGUGCUACAUGUACCUUCUCUCUUUGCUCCUGUGUAAUCCGAGCCGGUCAGUCCUCGGCUGAACUGCAGUCCUGAACUCUGGCGUUGUGGCUGGAUCCACUCCUCAAGAUCGGUAUCCCUUCACAAGCCCAUAGUCAUCUGCGGUGUAAGGAACAGCACCAACGUUUCCCAGCACGGUACUGGAGGAAAGCAUAUCCCAUCACCAGAGCCACAUUGGACAGCAACCUGUUGAAUGCAGCAGUUUAUUUAUACGAAAUUCUUCGUUUUUUUUAACCUCGGAUCCAUGAAUAGCAGACGCGAAGAUGAUGCACAUUUCUCCCACCAAGGUGUGGGGAAGGGGGGGGGGGGGCGUGUGGACUUUUGUGUACUUCAUAUUUAUUACUGACAUAAAGGUCGACAUGACUGGCCAGUGUGCAGCCAGACUGAGUUGUUGUUUUUUUUUAAAGGUCAGUCUGCAAAGGUGUUCCUCAUACAUCAGGUUAGGUUUACACAUAGCCUUCAUGUAGCUUCAGUGGUCUCUCUCUCUCUGAACAUGCAACAAUAAAAAACAAAAACCAAGGCAGCAUUAUUCAAGGAGCAAUAAUCCGCCGGAAGAGCAAAAAGGAUGUGAUUUGCAAACGUAUGUGUAUGAAAAUCCAAUGAUGACUAUGUCCUUCCUGUUUCUAGAAAACCACUUAACAAAAUUGCUGUUGUGCUGUACCUCUUAACGACGAUGUGACCACUGAGACACAUUCAGUAAUAUCUUUAUUUCAUACAGAAGUCCAUUUUCCUUCGAGAUGCUCCUGUGUGGACGUUUGUUCUGCUGCUGUUCUCAUUGUUGAGUGACAGAUUGUUCCCUGUGCCUGGACCCCGACUCGACAAGUUUACCCGAGCGGCAAGAGAUGGAGGAACGGAGAGCGAUGAGAGAUGACAUCUCAAUCAACCACACACACACACACACACACACACACACACACACACUGCUCCUCCGUCCUUAAAUGUCCCAGGUCGAGGGGGAAAACUGUUCGUCUCGGAAUCUGUGAUGUUACUCUGGGAAGCCCAAAACUCGGUGUCUUAACCUGACUACACGUUUAUAUUACAGUUGUCAUGUUUACAUAUUCUACUAUGAUUUUUACGUCAUGGGAGAUGGCUACAGUUUGGGCCACGUGUGUGACUUUGGAUAAUCGAGUGUCAUCCAUGGUUUAUAUGUGAAAAUACAGCUGAUCCAUCCAGCCCCCGAAAAGCAACAGUGAAGGUUAAGCCCUGUGGUACAUUGGAAGAUGAAGCAUUGGUUGUUGUGUUUAAAUUUAAAAUACAGUGGGUGCACUCAAUAACAGAAACACUCGUGUCAUUAUGUAAUUCUUUAAAAACAAACAAAUCCUGUACUUAUGAAACCGAUGAUAAAUUGAGGUGGUGUCAAAUAUGUUAGGGUCAUUUACGGUUAUAGUUUGUGGAGAUAUUGCACUGAGGUGUUCUUGUUAUUUUGUCUACUCGCUGUUUUUGCAUCGAGUUCAAAGUAAAGAGUUUAAGAAAAAAGAAUUCAUGUUUGAGAUAAUCAGGGCUAAAGUUUCAAUUUUCUAAUUGUCUGAGAUUCAAACUUUCUUUUAAAGGGGUUUUUGUUACUAUUUUGUGAUGGAGAUUAAUAACAGUGUGGAUGAUCAAAAUCAAGUGAUUCAUACAAAAUGAGCUACUUGAAUUUUGUUUCUGGCCAUAAUCCUUAACACGUUAACGUGGAUGAUGCCUGUAGAACUGAGGGGCCUGUGACGAGCGAAGACAUCUUGAUCUGCUUUCUGCCUCCACUCUCAUGACCGUGCACACACGUCAUCAAGUGUGUAUUGACACACGCCCAUGUCAGGUUGAGUUGUCAUUCUAUCCUAUUAGGAGCUUGCUAUUUAAUUACGUUAUAUUAUAUAUUCAUAUAUAUAUGUAUAUAUUCAUAUAUAUAUGUAUAUAUACAUAUAUAUAUAUAUAUGUAUAUAUAAAUCCACGUGCCAAAUCCAGCUCUUCUUCAGUCCGAUCCAUUCCGAGUUCAUUUGUACUGUCGUUACCUUCCGUCGGUAUAACAUUUUGUUUCUCUCCAAUAGUCCCCUGUAACUGGUGCCAUGAAAUGAAACUAUUCAAACGUGAAAUAAACAUUGAAUAAAAACCUGA